AUGCCUUCAAUAGUGUCUCCUGUCGAUGGCGCCCGCCUGUUCUACACAGACUAUCGACCCUCCGCCACAGGCUCUGACGAAUCUGCUUCCCCAGCGUUCUCUCCAGCAGAUUUAAGAACAGCUGCUAUUCCCCGAGACUUCACGCUCGUGUUCCUUCACGGGUGGCCCUUCUCGUCAGAGAUGUAUACCCACCUUACCCUGCCCCUCUCCCAAAACCACCACGACCGCUGCAUCGCACCAGACCGCCGCGGCUUCGGCAGAUCCGAGUGGACUGGUCCGAAAGACGCCGGAGAGAUCACGUACGAGACCUUCGCUCACGACACAGUUGCGAUACUAGAUGCAGCGAACAUCACCGGCGACUGGGCUUGGGUUGCAGCUAGCAUGGGUCCGGGCGAGAGUGUGCUUGCUCAGGAGAUCCUGGACCGAGCAGAAGUGGGAAGCAAGCUGCAGAGGUUGGGAGCCGCGUGCAAAGGUUUCCUAUGGCUGGGUCCAAGCCUACCUUACCCAUUAAAAUCAGAUGCCAAUCCCACAGCGCCAGGUCGCGAAGUCUGGGAUUCAAUUCUUGGUGGGUUCCGUGCGGAUCGCGUUGGGUUCGUCAAGGUCGCGAUUGAUGGCGUCUUCGGUUCGAGGAAGGAGAUGGGUCUAGAUAUUGAAUUACCGCCAACCAAGAUCGAGUACUUUGAGCACAUCAUCCGCCAGGCAGAUGCUCUUGCAGUCGAGCGCUGUCCGAUCAUCAUCACGGGCAAAGACUUCUCGGAGAAUCUUCGCGGGCUGAACAAGCGAGUAUUGGUGCUGCAUGGCGAUGGUGAUCAAGGAAUGCCAGCAUCUGCCAGCGCCUUGCUCAUCAAAGACCUCGUGCCCAACGGACUCUGCGAGGUCAAAAUCUAUGAGAAGGCCGCGCAUGGUCUAUUCCUGACGCAUGCGGACAAAGUCAUGGAAGACUUGCUACAAUUUAUCGUAUCCGUGUCGGCCGCCUGA